GCUAAACAAAGUGUUUCCUUUUUAGUCUUUUUGCAUAUUCUCGUUAUCUGUCUGAGAGCCACCGACGCACCGAUGCUCUGUCUCAGUGUUGGUCUUGUGAGGAGGCAGAAACAUGGCGAAGGUUGCGGCUGCCGGCGGCGGAGGGACGGUGGCUGUGGCGGCGCCACAUCCUCCUCGGCCUGCAUCGGAGGGGUUCUGCUUCUCCAGAAGGGGAGUGCUGCGGCGCCGCAUCCUGCUCGGCUGGCAUCGGAGGGGGAGUGCAGCGGCGCCGCAUCCCGCGCUAAUGGCGACGGGGAGAGUUGUUGCUCGCGUCCUUCUCCGUCCAGUGGAGAAGAGGUCAGCGAUUCGCUAGCGCGGAAGGCAUGUGCGCUACCGGCGAGAUGCAACAAAGUUCUUGUUUCACCUCAAAGGGAGUUCAGGAACACUUUUCGGACUGCAGAGAUUCUCCAAUUUGAAGUACGAUUUUGCUGUGGGAGUUUCUUGAUCUUGAUCUUCCAGAAGGAACAGCAGCAGCUUUUGUGAGGGGGGAGCGGUUGAGCUCGUGUGUUGUUUUGCUUCCGAAGGUCGAUCAGAUGUUAAUAUGUUAUGGGCUUACGUGGGUUGCAUGUUCUGCGUUUUGUGCUUUCACUUGUUCUGUGCCUCAGGUUGCAUGAUCUGGUCUUACAUCGAUGAAUCAAGUAAUCAACCUAGGCUGAGAAAAUGAGCUGUUAGAACUCAACCUGGACUCAAAAUUGAGAAACGAAGACUGAACGUUAACUGUAGAAAAUCUGUCUGUUCCCGUGCCUGAAAACAGACACUUUUUUCUUUAACUGAAUCAUUUUCAUUGAGUUUUGAGGAGUACACAUGUCAUUUUCUGAUUGGUUAUGAGAAGUGUCUGUUCCUAAAUUGGAAAACAUACAGCUGUUGUAUAGUCACACCCUUUUUUUAA